AUGAAGCCUGGCGCCUCACCAUUCGCCGCCGCAGCACCCGCCCAGCGCAUCGCCCACCUCGCCCGCACCAUGUCGUCGUCGUCGUCAGCCGCCGGCGCUAGCACCGCGACAAGCAGCACCCCAGCACCGUGGCGCUCCCUCUUUCUCGAACACAUCAACACGAUGGCGGCGCCGGAAUUCACCCUCGCGACGCUCCACAGCAGCAGCAGCAGCAGCGGCCUCGUCCCGCGCGCCCGCACCUGCAUCCACCGCGGCCUCUUCGCCUCGCUGCCCGCGAACCCCAAGAACGAGGCGCCGCUGAACCCGCCGACGUACGAGUCGGACCUGCUGACGCUGACGACGGACGCGCGCAUGCACAAGACGCCCGACCUCGCGGCCGGGCACGCGGUCGAGGCCGUCUUUUGGGCGCGCGAGCCGGCGACGCAGUGGCGCGUCCGCGGCGUCGCGUACGUGCUGCCGCGCGACGCCGAUGCCGACGCGGCGCUGACGGCGAAGCUGCUGCGCGAGAUGCGGCGCACGGGCGAGGGCGAGGGCGAGGGCGAGGGCGAGGGUGACGGCGACGCCGCCUCGGGCUGGAGCUGCUCGCGUGAGGCUCCGGCUCUCUUUGGCAACCUGAGCCCCGUCCUGCGCGGACGUUUCGGAAACCGCCUUCCGGGACGCUCGUCGCGGCCGGGCCGCCGGCUGAGGGCGAAGGGUCUUGGGCAGGUUGUCACGGAUCUCGAGGACGAGGUGGCGAGGGCCAACUUUCGCGUCGUCGUCGUUGUGCCGGACGAGGUGGACCGCGUGGACCUGAGCGACCCCAAGAGGGGGCGGCGGUGGUUGUACCGUCGUGUGGGCGGCGGCAACGACGACGCUGGUGGUGACACGGUACCAGGGGCCAUCCGCGAGGGCGACUGGGAGAAGGUGGAGGUGUGGCCGUGA